AUGGAUCAUCGAUAUACUGACCCAAAUUUGAGUAUGCGUAGUUUCAUCAAAGAAACACUUGGUGCACAAGGGUCCGCCAGAAAGGGAAGUCACGUGAGUAGUGAUCAUUCAGAUGUCCGUCGCAGUACCCGGAUAAAAAUACCCACUGAUAAGGGUUUUGAAUAUGCAAUGGAAAUUAAUAGAAAGAAACUGAAGUCACUGUGCACGCAGCUGCAUGCCAUGACAGACCAAAUACUGGGUCAAAUGGAAACACCCACAGAUGUAAACGUUGUGAGAAAAAAAUAUACAGCGUGGAUGGAAGUAUAUGAAGAAUUUCUGGAUACCCAUGAUGCAUAUGUCAAAUACCUGUCCGGCCAAGAGCAGUGGGAAUUUCAGUCAAGUUGGUUUGAAAAGGAUGAAAGGGCGUUUCAAGGCUUUAACCGUAAAGUGAGUGACUGGAUUAGUAAACAAGAUUCUCAAUCAAGGAAGACACACGGAAUAAGUCCAGAAGACAGCGUUUCCACUGUUGGUACUUAUACACGAAAUAGAUUAGGAAGAUAUCAAAGUAGUGUAGCCUCUUCUCGAUCCAGUUUACUAUCUGCUGCUAGAUUGAAGGAAGAACAGCGUAAAGCAGAACUGUUGGCUAGGGUUGCUGCAUUAGACCAGCGCAAGAAACUGGAGAUUGAAAGAAUUCAACAAGAGGAAGCAAAAAUAGCUUUAAAGUUGCGAGAGGAAAAAUUAGCCUUGGAAACAGAGAUGGCCAUCGCAGAGGCAAAGACCAAAGUUCUCGAUAAAUUUGAUGAUGAGCGCAGCGCGAAUUCUAUGCAUUAUGCGCGGGGUGAUAGUGUGCACAAUAAUUGCGGCCCUGGCUUUGCGGGCAGUGUGCAUGACAUGCGCCGCGUGGGUGGUCUUCGGAGUGAUUCUGAUUCCGGUUCCCUUGUCUCUAAUCACAAAUCAUCUGAUGAAGUCAUUUUGGCAGUUGUGCGGGAAUUAAAGAAACCCCAAUCCGACAUCAACAAAUUUAGUGGUAUCCCUAUGCAAUAUAGAAAGUUUAUGCGUCAGUUCACUUCCAGAGUUGUAGCUAACACAAGUAACGCAGAGGAGCUGAUGAAUUAUUUAGAAUUAUACACAGUGGGAGAAGCAAAUAAGAUUGUAACUGGGUAUGGUAAUCUGAGUCCAGAACAGGGAUAUCCAGCUGCCCGCAGGGAACUGGAAGAAAGGUAUGGUGAUAAUGAGAUGAUUGCCAACUCAUAUGUGGAAGAAGCUUUACGCUGGCCAAGCAUAAAGGCUCAUGAUGUGAAGGCAUUGGAUGCGUUUUCCAUUUUUCUACAAGAAUGCGAAUAUGCUGUUCAAAGUAUUGAUGCAGUGAAAAUAAUACAAUUUCCCCAAAACAUGGCAAGUCUAGUUAAGAAGUUACCAUCCAGUCUGCAGGAGAAGUGGAGAGGUGUUGUGCAGGGCAUUAAAGAAAGGGGUGAUAUUGUUGAGUUUGGAGUCCUUGUAAAGUUCAUUAAGAAAGAAGCCAAAAAGGUAAAUGACCCUAUAUAUGGCAAAGAUGCACUCAGGACUGACCAUGAAGAGGGCAAAAACAAGGACGGCAACCAAAGACGACAACAAUCUAGAGCAUCUAAGGCAAGUUUUGCUACGGUUACAGAUGCACAACAAAAUACUCAGAAACAAGACCCAAAGGAAACUUCUUGUUAUAAAGAGAAUGAGAAGAGUGCUACUGAUGUUCAGCAAGCAAGGAAGCCUCAAGACAAGCCAUGUAUAUAUUGUGAUGGUACAAGUCAUGCUAUGGAAGCCUGUCGCCUGUUGGCAGCACAAUCACAUGAUGACAGAAUCAGUUUCCUGAAGUCCAAGGGACUCUGCUUUGGAUGUCUCAAAAUAGGUCACCAGAAGAAGUACUGUCGGUUUAAAGAGACGUGUGUACAUUGCAAAAGACUGCAUCCCACACUUUUACAUAUUAAAGAAAAAGAUAAAUCUCAGAAUGGUGAUAGACGAAAUGGUGGUAACUCAAAGGUUGAGCCUGGACCUGUGAGUGCCUGGGCAAGUAUGGCUUCAAUGGAACAGUGUUAUAUGGGGGCCGGAGAUGGUGAAUGUACCAUGACAAUUGUUCAUGUGAAAAUACGAGUUAAGCAUAGUAGCCGGGCAAUUGAAACUUACGCAUUUCUCGACCCUGGGAGCAGCAUCAAUUUCUGUACUGAAAGUUUAGUAAGGAACCUUGGUUUGAGCGGAAGAAAAGUGAAUAUUACACUUGACACUAUGGGAGUACCACAUGUCAUGAACACCUAUAUUGUUCAUGGUCUUGAAGUGUGUGAUCUCCAAUGUAAAAAUGCUAUUGAUCUUCCAAAGGUUUACACAAAGGAUAAGAUGCCAGUGUCUCGACAUUACAUUCCAACCCAGGAUGAUAUUUCUCAUUGGUCCCAUCUUCAGGGAGUUCAUGUCCCCCAGAUUAACGCUGAUGUGGGUUUGUUGAUUGGGAAUGCGAUACCAGAUGCAUACAUGCCUCUGGAAAUAGUCACCGGUCCACAAGGUAGUCCUCAUGCCUCCAGAACUCGUCUUGGGUGGACUUUGUGGAAUGUAGUUUGCGGUGAAGAUAACAGAGAGCAAGGUAGCUACACAGUUAACAGAGCUGAUAUUAUUGCUGUACAGGAAUCAGAAGAGCUGAAGCAGUUGGACCUUAUGGUAAGAAGCUCUAUCAAUUUUGAUUUUCCUGAGCGUGCAGUUGACGACAAGAGGGAGCCCUCCCAGGAAGACAAGAUGUUCACAAUGAAAGUGAAUGAAUCCAUCAGUUAUGUUAAUGGACAUUAUCAGAUAAGUUUACCGUUUCGAGAUGAUGAUGUGAAGCUGCCAAACAACAAAGAAUAUGCUACCAAACGACUUAAAGGUAUUGAGAAGAAGUUGAGAAAGUAUCCUGAAUUCUACAUGGAUUACACAGCCUUCAUGGAAAGCAUUAUUAGUAAAGGAUAUGCAGUGAAAGUUCAUGAAGAUAAACUUGGUAGAAGUGAUGGUAAAGUUUGGUAUGUUCCUCAUCACGGUGUUUACCACCCACGAAAACCAGGGAAGAUACGUGUUGUUUUUGACUGUGCAGCCAGGUUCCAGGGAACAGCAUUGAAUGAUCAUCUGUUACAAGGGCCAGAUUUAACAAACAACUUACUUGGUGUGUUGCUACGCUUCAGACAAGAGCCCGUCGCUUUGAUGGCUGACAUUGAAGCAAUGUUUCAUCAGGUAUGGAUCCCAAAAGGUGACUGUGACUGUCUGCGGUUUUUGUGGUGGCCUAAUGGUGACUUAGACAGACAACCGGAAGUAUAUGCCAUGACAGUUCAUUUGUUUGGGGCGGUAUCUUCCCCCAGCUGUGCCAAUACUGCACUUCAAAGAACCGCUGAAGACAACAAAAACUUCUUUGGUGCAGAUGUCGUGAAUACAGUCCUCAGAAACUUCUAUGUUGAUGACUGUUUAAAGUCUGUAGAAUCUGAAACUAAGGCUAUAAGUUUGGUACAUGACCUGAGAGAUCUGUGUCAACGAGGUGGGUUUAACCUAACAAAAUGGAUGAGUAACAGUCGCGUUGUCUUGGAAUCGAUUCAGACUGAAGAGCGUUCUAAAGGAAGUUAA